AUGGCUUCCACGGGCAGCGAGGCCACUGCGGUCAAUGGCCAACAAGAUCACAUCCUUCGCCCCAGACCUCGAAAGCCCCAACAUUCUCAGGUAUCAGACCUGGUCCGGGAGAAUAGCAGCGGUUCUGCACAUGGACUGCUAGCACCAGGGGGAGAAGACAUCCCUUCGGGGGCGACUAGUGGGCGCUCGACCCCCAUCCCCGAAGAUGCGCCUCAGUCGACCAAGGCCCUGUCGAGUGCGCGCAAGCAGGUACGGGCCGAGCAGCGACGGCGACUCUUUCCCACAGUCGAUUUCACCUCUCGAUUGUCGCAUUUCGAUCCAGACUCGGACUACAGAGAUUUCCAUGGCUUCUUCAACCUCUUUUGGAUUGGCUUGGCCAUCAUGGCCAUCACGACGGGCCUGCGCAAUAUCAAGGAUACGGGACUACCGUUGAGAGUGCAGAUUUGGAGCCUUUUCACCGUCAAGCUAUGGCAUCUGGCCGCAGCAGACUUCUUCAUGGUUGCGAGUACGGCUGUGAGCUUGCCUCUGCACAAGUUAUUCAGGAAUAGCAAGGGCGGCAUGACAUGGGCCAAAGGGGGCAUGGCCGUCCAGAGUAUCUACCAGGUCGUAUGGCUGGCGUUCUGGAUUGCCAUUCCCUUUCUGUUCCAAUGGACUUGGACCGCCCAGGUGUUCCUGGUGCUACACACCAUGGUGCUCCUGAUGAAGAUGCACUCGUAUGCCUUCUACAACGGACACCUUUCAGAGACGGAGAAGCGGCUACGCGACCUGGACAACCCAUCUACCGCGUCCAAGGCGCCCGCCUACCAGUACCCGAGUGUUGAGAACCCCAUGGGCACGCUGGCACACGACGGCAAGCCGCACGACGACGCCAACAGCGACUCGGACGGCGAAGGCGUCAGCCAGCUACGUGAGGACCUGGCGCGCGAGCUCACCAGCCCCAUUGGCAACAUCACAUACCCGCGCAACCUCACCUGGGCCAAUUAUGGAGACUACCUGCUCUGCCCGACCUUGUGCUACGAGCUCGAGUACCCGCGUACCACGGCCAUUAACUGGACCUCGCUCAUUGCCAAGAUCGUGGCAACCUUUGGCUGCAUCUUCCUGCUGACCAUCAUCUCCGAGGAGUUCAUUCUUCCCGUGCUGCAGGAAUCCCGCGUGCGCCUGGACUCGGUCGCUUCAGCCACCGAGACCUUGCUGAUCCUCGCCGAGACCAUUUCCUGGCUACUGUUUCCUUUCAUGCUGACCUUUCUGCUCGUCUUUCUCGUCAUCUUUGAAUACGUUCUCGGCGCCUUUGCCGAGAUCACCUACUUUGCCGACCGCCACUUUUACGCCGACUGGUGGAACAGCACCGACUGGAUGGAGUUCUCGCGCGAGUGGAACGUGCCUGUCUACUCCUUCUUGCGCCGACACAUUUACGCCACGUCCAAGCCCAAGAUUGGCCGUGGCAUGGCCACCGUCAUUACCUUUUUGAUUAGCGCCAUUGGCCACGAGAUCGUCAUGGCCUGCAUCACCAAGAAGCUGCGCGGCUACGGCUUUGUGUGCCAAAUGUUGCAGCUGCCCCUAGUGGUACUCCAAAAGACGCGAUUCGUCCGCAACAGAAAGACGGCCAACAAUGUCGUUUUUUGGGCUAGCAUGAUUAUGGGUUUGAGCUUGAUCUGCUCGCUUUAUGUACUGGUUUAG